CGUUGGUGGGAGGCCUCACGGAGGGCGCGCCCGAAGGAAGGAAUGCAGGAGAAAGGAAGCUUGCAGUCAAGAUGGAGACAGCUAGUUGUUCCACUGCCGUCGUGGGGAACGGAGAUACGGUGUCCCAGCGGGACCGUAGUCUGGUGCCUGAGCGGCUUCAGAGACGAGAACAAGAGAGGCAACUGGAGGUGGAAAGACGGAAGCAAAAGCGGCAGAACCAGGAGGUGGAGGAGGAAAACAGCGACUUUUUCGCUGCCGCCUUCGCUCGGGAGCGAGCAGCCGUGGAAGAGCUUCUGGAGCGCGGGGAGUCCGUCGAACGACUGGAAGAGGCGGCCGCUCGGCUUCAGGGGCUGCAGAAACUUCUCAAUGACUCGGUUUUAUUCCUGGCCGCCUACGAUGUGCGGCAGGGACAAGAAGCGCUAGCGCGGCUGCAGGCCACCCUGGCCGACAGGCGCCAGCAAAUGCAGCCCAAGAAGCGUUUCGCUUUUAAAACCCGGAGGAAAGAUGCUGCUUCGGCCACCAAGGUAGAUGCGGUUCCUGGCACCCCCUCGGCGGAAGGCAUCCCGGCCUCCCCGCUGCCUUUGAAGGAGGAGGAAGACUUCGGCUCCAGCUGGCUCUGCGGCUUUUCCAACCUAAAAUCCCAAGUCUUGGAGAAGAAAGCGGAGGAGUUGCACCAGCGAGACGUCCUUUUGACCGAGCUGAGCAACUGUACGAUCAGACUCUAUGGCAAUCCCAACACCCUGCGGCUGACCAAGGCCCGGAGCUGCACGGUACUUUGCGGUCCGGUGACCACCUCUGUGUUUCUGGAUGACUGCAGUGAGUGCGUCCUGGCGGUGGCCUGCCAGCAGCUCCGAGUACACACUACGAGAGACACCCGCAUCUUCCUGCAGGUGACCAGCAGGGCCAUCGUGGAGGACUGCAAUGGGAUCCAGUUCGCUCCUUAUACCUGGAGCUACCCGGGGAUCAACAAGGACUUCGAGGGCUCUGGUUUAGAUAGAAGCAAAAAUAACUGGAACGACGUUGACGAUUUCAACUGGCUGGCCCGGGAUGUGCCCUCGCCAAACUGGAGUAUUCUUCCGGAAGAAGAGCGAGUGAUCCAGUGGGACUAAGCAGCUGCUACUCUUCACUCCUACCAAAUUCUUUCUUUGUGGGACUGACCUCAACAAAUGGGACCCCAAAGUUUACUUAUUGUUGUCACACAGUGUAUGUCUUGAAUAUUUAAGACUUGAAAUUGUGAUAGGCUCCUGUUUGUGAUUUCCAUUAAAUUCGCGACAGGUAUAACGCUUUAUUUUUGCUACUUGGGUAAUGUCUAGGAGCUGUUACUUGGCUAUGAUAGUUUGAAGCCAUGGGGGGAAAAGAGUGUGGUUCUGUGUGUGUGUGUGUGUGUGUGUGUGUGUUUUAUUUGUGGUAUUUAAAACUUACUGCAUGAUAAAGCAGGCCUUCAAUAAAAUACCUGUUUAAUAAAUGAAUUCAGUAGGGCUCUAGCAGGAGCCAGUUAAUGUGGGGUUAGGGUAUCAAACUUGUGCAAAGUACCAUUAAUGAGAAUUUUUUGUAAUUGAAAUGUUGACUUCAAUAGGUAUUUCUCAGCAGGGCGCUCUUUGGAAAAGUUCCUCUUUGGUCUUCAGCUACACCUUAGCUUGGGCAUCUGGAAUCCAGCUAGUCAUUGACUAGUUUGGGUCCAAAAUUUUAGCUUGGACCCCCAGAGGCUCAUGAGCCUUCCCAA